GGUUAAGUGUCGGAGUUUAAUAAACUGUUUAAUUAAGAGCGUGUUAGCGGCGCUGGGUUAGGUUAGGGCGAAAGCGCAGUGCGAGUUGCGCGCGCGUCCCGGCAUCAUGCUGGUGCUGGCGUUGCUCCUUACGUCGUGCGCGGCCGCCCGCGCCAGGAACUUCAACAUCACAUACCUCCAUGUACCUCAGGUCGUACCUGCACACCAAAAGGAGAUCGAAAUCGAGUGUCGAUACGAUGCUAACUUUACUAUACUCAGCUGGUUCAAAGGCUCUCACGAAUUCUUCAGAUAUCGCCCUGGCAUAACACCUAGCACUCGUUCUUUCCCCAUCCUCGGGGUGGGAACGAUAGAAUUGCUGGCCUGCGGUCCUUCCUUCUGCCACCUGAAGUUGGGAUCCUUAACUUCGGAGGCGAGCGGGUUGUACAGAUGCGACAUUGAGAGGGACGUGCCUCCAUACAAGUUUGCUACCAAGACGGCUCAUAUGGAGGUUCACGGUGAAGGACAUCGAAGGCCGUUACUGGAAGGUUUGGCUGAAGAGUACAGAGACGGAGACAUGAUACAGGCGUACUGUCGUGCGUCUCCGGACUCGGAAAUCCGCUGGUACAUUAACGGGAAGGAAUUGGAAGAUAUGCGAGGGUCUAUGAAUAUGAAGAAGAAGAGUUCUCGGUAUAUUUUCAUGGGGGUGCCGCCGAGGAUAUCAGUGCAGUGCGCGGAGUUUAGACAGGACAGGGUGUACGGGUCAAAGGAGCACAAAGCUUCGUGGAGUGAGAUCGGGCAGAUGAGCCAAGAACCACCUAAAGCGAAAAACAAUGCGAAUGUAACCAAAGGCCGUUUAGGAUUACUGAGUGUAAUAUUGGAUAUAUUCAUUGGAUAUAUUGUUUUAUGCGUAACGUUGUAAAUCAUGUUCCUCUUAUGUUUAUAGUUGAUUCCAGUGAAGAGUAUUAAUAUUUUGUCGAUACGUGUGUGUUAUGGCAGUGCAAUGUAUGUAGAGUUACGAUUAAAUGAUGUUAUUUAAAUGA